AUGGGGGCGAGCGUUGCGUCAAAACGGGAAACGAGGAGUGGCGCGUGGAUGCGCUUAAAUAGGCAGCCUUUAUGUUUGCACACAGCAGAAAACAGCGCUCCGACUCCUCGGGCUUAUUAUUAGGUUAGAAUUCGAAUCGGGAUCAUGAUGCACGACGCUGUUUGCCGCCUGCACUUGCGCGCACUUGUUGCGCUUUGGCUCGGCGCGCUUCAUGGAUGCGUUAACACUGAAGGCGCCCCGAACCCUUCUUCACCCCUGCAGAGCUCGAACUGGGGCAGCCCGCGGAGAUACGUGCACCUGCGCACCAGCACCGACUUCAACAACUUCUACCUGGAGAUCAGCCUGACUGGACAUGUGCGCAAAACUACGCACCGGGGUUCCUACAGUGUGGUUGUGCUGAAAGCCGAGAGCAGGGACCAGAUCGCAAUAUUUGGAGUGAAGAGUAACCGGUUCUUGUGCAUGGACGCACAUGGAAAUCUUUUUACAUCUUCGGUUUGCCACAGGGACGACUGCCUGUUCCAUCACAAGCUCUUGGAGAACCACUGCGACGUGUACUACUCCACCCGGAGCGGCAUCCUGCUGGACCUGGAUGGGGUAAAGCAGGUGUACGCAGCGGGCCGCAACCUGCCGCACACGUCCAUCUUCCUGUCUGAGAAGAGCACGGUUCCGCUGGAGCGCCUGCAGCACCGGGAGCGACGGGACCGCCAGGUCGAGGUGCCCGAGGCGCAGCGCGCACGCGCGCUCGCCGUUCUCGCCGAGGAGUCGGACUCGCGCGCCGCUCGCGACGACGACGCCGACCUCGACAUGGAGCGUCCGGAGGAGGAGCGCAAGAGCUCGCGGGAGGCUCGCGCGUCACCCUACGACGACGACCCCUGGGACGUGGAGCAGCGCGUCAGGAACCCCGGGAGUCCCCGGAUGUCAGGGACAGUGGGGUGA